UUUAUGAAAAUCUGCGCUGCGAUGGAGCACAUCUAUUAUUAAAUUUUUUGUAAGGAGUUCUUCGCAGUUUUGCACAUCGGAUCUUGGUCACCAUGGACUGGUUCAACUGCCUUGUGAUUUUGACAGUAAAUAUUUUGAUCUCUGGAAUACAAACAGAAAAUUGCCCAGAGAGCACAAAAAAUAUCACAAUGUGUCAUAAUGGCACAUACUUUAAUCAUAACAAACAGUUAUGCCAGACAUGCAGAUUGUGUAGAGUCGGUGAAGGAGUGAGGUGCCCAUGCAACGGUGAUACAAACACAGUCUGUGAAAGAUGCUCAAAGGGGACAUUUUCAAGACUUGAUAGUAAUCGCCACUGCACUCCAUGCACCAAAUGCAGAGUAAAUGAAAUUCGGAAAUCAGUGUGUAACAAAACACAUGAUGCAGUAUGCCUUGCAAAGGAGAGAGUAAAAAAGGUGCGAAAGGACCAUUCAACAUAUAUAUGGAUUAUAGUGGCACUUGGUAUUUGUUUUGUUCUUGUGAUGGUGUUAUUGAUUUGGGCAUUCUAUCGGACGAGAGGAAGUCUAUGCCAGCAAGCACCACCUCAACCGUACCGUGAUUACGUUUCUCAACAGUACCAUGAUACAGAUGCUUCUCAGGCAUCAGACGCUGCUCUCUGUGAUGGGUCCUCGUUUUCAAGUCUCGAUGGAGAUACUCGAUGGAGAAGAGAUCGUUUUAAAAUCGAAAGGUCAUCUUAUUCCAGUCUGGAAGAAAAAUGGAAGAAAUCAAAAGAAGAUAGAGACUCUAUACAAAGUAGUCUACUGAGUUCAGACAAUUACAGUGGAUCUUCGUACAGAGUUCUGAAAAACCCUGAUGUUCUGGUCAAUUCACUGCCAGCGUCUGUAUACCAAGACCUGGGGAAACUUUUAAACCCUUCUCAGCAGUACAAGGAUUGGCAAACCCUUGCUGGGAAAAUGGGAUACACUCAAACUGACAUAGAGAACUGGAAGCUUAGAUCCACCAACGACUUUACGGAGACAGUGCUAAUGGAUUGGUGCACGCGUAAACCAAACGCAACAGUAAGAGACCUUUAUAAAAUUAUUGUUGAGAUACCAAGAGAAGAUGCGGCUAGUGUUCUAUAUAACAUCGAUAAGUCGACAUCGAUACGCAGUGAAGUCACUGUAUAGAAGUGCACCAACAAAUUCGCGUCCGAUGGCCAACUCAUUUUUCUAUGGACAGAGAUAACACAUUAAAGCAAGAUAACUCUUAAGAAUUUGCCAUGCGACGCUUGACUGGUUUUUCAAAGGUUCAGCGUGUCAAGCGUUUUUACAUAUAGAGUUAGAUACCAAUUUGUCGAGAGUAUAGUCUAUGAUACUUGUACAUAGUAAAAACUUAUGGAUUUUGGGAAAUUUCUUUGAGCAGUAGAAAUGCACCGUGGCAUAAAGCCCUUUAAAUCUAUUUACACGUGCGUCACUGUUUCUGAAUUUGCCAAUAAUGAUUUAUUAGUUUUAAGUAUCAAUCUAAAUUAUUUUUGUAUAUUUUUGUUUUUUGUUAGGUAUAUAUUUUGUAGCUUUAGAUGCAUCAACGAUUUCUCUUGAGCUCUUAUUUUGCAUACCGGUUCAAAAUGAAGUGGAAAGCAUGUAGUUUUCUAAUAAUGCGAGACUAGUACUAGUGACAUUCAAAACAUAUUAAAAGAGUAAAGGGUUUGUUUACCAUUACAGCCUUGCUUAUUUCCACAGCUGAAAUGGCUGCCAUUCUAAUUGAUAAUACAGAGAUAUAUCGGUAAUGAUGCGAUUAUUGCUAUCUCUUGAAAAAUGUUUCACACCAUUUGGGCUUUAGCAUGAGCUCCCAAUUUUUUUACGUAAUCGUUUUGUGAUUUGAUUUCUGAAAACUGACAAGUCCUUUUUUCCCUGUUAGAGCCUCGUUCGUGUCUUCCAACACAAUUUAAAAGCGUUAACCAAUCACUACAAAUUUGAUGCAUUAAUUCAGUAUUUCACAUCUUAAUUAUGGUUUUUGUCAAAGAAAAUUUUGUUUAUUAUGUAGAACAUAUAUUAUGUUUCCAAAAUGUCGACCACGCGUUAUUAAAUAUCAGUUUCCGUGAUUAAUAUAUUAAAAACUUUUUCAGUUUGUUUUAUUAUUGUACUACAAAUGUAUUUUGUCAUCGACGACAAAUUCUAUUUUUCUCUUUUAUUUGCUACAAGAAAAAAUUCAGUUUGAUUUGAGUUUAUUGACUUGAGUUGUAUUAGUACGCAUUGAUAAUUUCCUGUGUAUUGUAAGGAUAUUUGUAACGCACCGUCCCAAUGUCCGAAAAACGGCUAACUAGAAUAACUAACUGCCCGCCCCCGCUUUUACUUUUAAGGUAGAUUUCAAAUUUGUACACAUUUGGAACCCAAGAGAAAGCCAAGUGGCGGUUAAAACCAUGCGAAGUUACUCUUAUUUCGAUAUAAUACGGAGAUUAUAAGGAGUUUUUUUCUAGGAUUAGCUUCCAAAUAGCGGUGGUUGAGACGCAUAUCGAUUGGGAAAUGUCAGUCACUUUGACAAUUAUAGGAGAUUUAUGUAGUUUUAUCUCACUUGUGGUGCCCAUGUUAGCCAUUGGCUGUACCCCCAAUCUGGAGGAACCCAUUUCCAAAAUAAACAUGAUUUAUAGGUACCUCUAGUUGCUUGAAUUGAAUCAGUAAGUAACGAAAUGAAAAUCUCCGUUGUUAUUUAUUAACUGGUUUUCAUCUAUGUUGUUGUAGUUGCUUGUGAUUUAUUCAUGUCAUUCA